AUUUCAUCUCGGUGCUGUAAUUCAACUAUAAAUAUCUUAGCUUUUCGCAUAAUUUGGAAAUAUUAAACUUAAAUAAAUUUAGAACUUAUUUUAUAGGACUAUUAACGUAAUGAGUUCAAAUAAAACCUCAAACUUGGUAAAGGUAGACGGAGAGUAACUUAAGAUAGCAAAGACAAAGCCAUAUUGGGUCUAUCUGCUUCAUAGACGACAAAGGGACAUACAUAAGCAGUGGCAAAAAAACCGAAGUUUGGCGUUUUCGGCAGAAGCACCUACUGUAAAGAGCACAGGGUACAAGCUAAAGCAAAAUUAACAAAGACUUGGAGUUGUUUCACAAAAUCAAUUGAGAGUUCAUUUGCCUCAGACGUGUGCGUGAACAACUUGUUAAUUUAGUUAGCGCCAUUCAAACCCUCAAGUGAAAACACGUUGAGGCAGGAGAAGAACUCGCAACAACCCAGUCUAAGUAGUUUAUUGAACUGAGCACGUUUUUUGAAAAGGAAAGCAUACAAGUACAUAAUUCGAUAAGGAUGAGCGCUUCAGCUACAUUCGUCCCAUUAGUUGGAGGUGGUGGUGGUGCUGCUGCGUUGCCAAACAUGAUGUCCAACCUUGCCGUCGUUGAAGGUGCAACCGCAGUGCCUAGGACCCAACCCAAUAUGGCAGCGAAUCCAGCCAUUUGUCGUUACUUUCAACGGGGAAUAUGUCGUUUUGGGAGCUUAUGUCGCUUUUCUCACGAUCUAUCUGGCGGUGAAGUCAUCAAUGCUAGCGGCAUUGCAUCUGAAUCCACUACCCCUACCACUUCUUCAAAAACUAAUGUUAAAACUGGUGCAGAAUCCCUGAACAGUCGACCAAGUACAAGUCGACAGAAUUGGGCAAAUGCACCAGUGUUUGUGCCGAAAAACUACCGACCAACUCACAAUUCACAAACCAAUGCUGAUGACCUGACGAACCAUGGUGCAGCUGCCUUGUGUCCAAUGAACGCAGAUGCUCAAAAAUCUUGGGCCGAUGUGGUCGGUGGUGCUCAUGGGGCAUCACGUAUGAGCAUUGUUGAAGGAGCCGAUGCUGAAGCCAUGCUGGAAAUGGUAUGCCCGUAUGAAGGCCCCUGUCCCUACGGUGCAUAUUGUGCAUAUGGCGUACACAUGGAGCUUUGCAAAAUGUGCGACCAAUUCUGCUUACAUCCCAGCGAUCAAACGCAACGUCGAAAACAUAAUCAAGAAUGUCUACAGCAACAUGAACAAGCUAUGGAAUGGUCGUUCGCUAUUGCUCGUUCUAAGGAUAAAACUUGCGGUAUUUGCUUCGACACCAUAAUGGAGAAAGCUGGGCGCGAGAAACGUUUCGGUAUAUUGCCUAAUUGUAAUCACAUUUUCUGUCUGGAAUGCAUCCGCAAGUGGCGACAAGCAAAGCAAUUUGAGCACAAGAUUACACGCUCGUGCCCUGAGUGCCGCGUUUCUUCAGAUUUUGUUUGCCCCAGUGCCUUUUGGGUGGAAACUAAGGAAGAAAAGGAUAAGCUGCUCAAUGAUUAUCGGGUAGCGCUUGGUGUUAAAGACUGUAAAUACUUUAAGAAGGGGGAUGGCAAGUGUCCAUUUGGCAACAAAUGUUUCUACAAACAUGCUCUCCCCAAUGGAGACUUGGUCGAUGUGGGUUUACCCAAACGCGCACGUAAAUUACAUCGUGGUUCAAAUGAUUUCAUUGAUUUACUGGAUAUCUACUUGUGGGAGUUUGUUGAACAACGAGACUACCACUGGUUAGACUUUCUUUCUGGCACAAGCGAUGAUAGUGACGAUACUGAUUUCUCUGAGGAGUAAAAAAAAAUAAAACCGCAAAAUACAGCAAUAUUGCAAAUUUAUUCAAUAAUUACAUGAUCGUGUAUUGAGUGAACUUCGAAAGAAGAACCUAUAUAAAAGAUAUCAAGUGAAAAACCAGAAAAAAUUAAUCAAGCAAUGAUAUUCUAUUAGCUGAUGUAAAAUCGUUCUAAAGUAUCCUUACAUUGAAUUUUCAAAACAUUACCAAAAAAAUAGCACAGAUAAAAACCAAACCAACUGAAAAAUGGUAAAGCGCAAAGCAAAUGCAAAAACUAAUUAAAACACAAAAUUAAGAUAGCAGGCAAGGAGGGCUAAAUCUGGCUUAAACUUAAAAAAACUGAAGCGAAUAUAUAGGAAAACAAUGCAACGAACUUUUUUCGAUUAGUAGAGAUAAAGAGUAAAGUAACAAAUAUACAAAUGCUUUCAAACAAUUCGAUAGUACAGUAAAUUAUAUCUAAUAUGAAGUGGGCAUUGCUAAGAAGGGCUACAGAAAUUAAAUAAAAAUUAUGCAAUCGCGUAAUACUAAAACACAAAUGCAUAUGCCGCACGCUCAAUAAUAUAGAGAUGUAACUCAAAAUUUACGUUUUUGGAGAUUUCAUUAUGCAAUUAAAAAGCUUGAUAAGUAGAAUAUGUUCAGUCUAACAGAUAACACUUCCCAAUAUGGUGCAAGUAACUUUGAAAUUUUGAAAUACUUCGUCAUAUUAUUCGACGUGCGAUGUGUGCAUACAUACAUUAAUUCGGUCAUUUGUUCGAUGGCUAAAAAGAAAAUUAUAUGUAUUGUGUGUGUAGAAUGUUAUCGAAAUCAAACAAAUGCAAACACUCAACACGCUGAUAGCUCCUCUUUUUACAAAAAGCCACCAUUUAGAAAUGGCACAAAAAAAAUGUCGGAUAAGUUACGCAAACCUAUACAUAUACAAAUAAAUUUGAUUGUGAUUUAUACUCGUAUUUGCCGCGCUGACCGCCAUGGCGUCAGUUCCGAUUGUAAUAAUCAUAAAGCCAAUAAAAUCGUAUCAAAGCGCCAUGAGCGCGUUUGGGCGUGCGCCUGCCUUAAAUGUCCCCCACCAUCGCGCGCAACGGGCGUGCAGCGGAAGUAAUUUGAACAGUUGUACUUUUAAUUUCGUUUAUAAUUAGUAGUACAUUUGUAUCUUUUUUCCAAGUAAUGUUAAUAGAGUGAGUGAAAGAGACAAGUUGCUGAUAGCGCAACAGAAUGUUGUAUAUUCAAGAUAUUGUGUUCAAAAGUUAGUUACCGUUAAAAACCAACUAAAUAUGUUGCCUUAAGAAUGUGCAGAUUCUUACUACUUCCGUGCGCAUUCUUUUUCUCCACCGUUGCGCUACAGCUUGUCAAAUUUAUCCAUAUACAUAAACGCGUACAUAUUUUCUGUUUUGUUUUAUAUAUGUAUUUGUAUUGAAUUAAGUUAAAGUUAGAAUUGGUUAUAUGCUAAAAGGUGUUACUUGCCUACAUAUUAAAUAUCGGUGCAGCGUAAAAGUGUUCGAUUUAAUUAGACUCUUUUGUUUGUUACUUAUUUUUUGGUUGAAAAUGGCAUAAAAAUGUAUGUAUGUUAAUACCUAAAAUUGUAUGAGAUUUUGCAAAAAUUUGGAAAUUUUUAUUUCAUUUGUUAUUGAACAUUAAAAGCAAAAUUUUCCUUUAUCGUUUUACAAGGUUCUAUUUUUUCAUUUCACCUGUUGUUUGUUAAAUGUAUAAAAAGAAAUUUUGAUUGCAAAAUAAAAAUCAAAACCCGUUAUCUAAGCGUUUGUUAAACGUAAGCGUUAGAAUUAACAUAAUUUUUAUAAAAGAACUAAAAGCCCUAAUUCAAUAGAAAUAGCAUUAACAAAAUAAAUACUAUUAGUUAAAAAAAAAACAUAUACAUGCGUACAACAUAAUAAUUGAAAUUUCUCUAAAUACUUGUAUGUAUGUAAGCGAGUUUGCUUUAACACCUACUACAAGAAAAAAAAAAAAACACAAAUAACAUCCUAAAUUUCUAUUGUAAUGUAACUAAUGCUUCAAUUAUUCGCAUAUACAUAUAUAUAUAUAUAACAAACACAUACAUACAUAUGUACACAUCUAUAUAUUAUAUAUUUUAAACCCUAAAUAUUAAAUUUAACGACUACAUACACAUCCAAAAAUAAUAAAAUGAAAAAAUAUAUAUUGUAUUAAAUUGAAAAUACCUCCAGAAAUUUAUCUAUAAAAGUAAUAUGUACUGUUAAAGAGAAACUAAAAAAAAAAAAUAAAUACUUUUAAAAAGAGCUGUAACUUAAAUGUAACCACGUAGAUAUUGAUCUUACUACUAUGUCCACGUACUCUUCUCCUCGUACACAAAGUACUCAUACAUAAUUAUAAUAUUACCAAAAGCAAACUCUCAUGAAACAAACGCCUAAAAAUCAUAAUAAAAACUACAACAAAAAUCAUCAUUCAAAGUCUAAAGGAAAAGUCUAAAUUAAACAAGAAAACUUAAUAAACCGUAAAUUUGUAGGCAAUUAGAAACUAACUGCAACUACACAUAAA